AAACCUCUUUUCCUACCUCAACUCAAUACACAUCACCUUCCUUUUUCUCUUCAUUUCUUACUAUCUUUAAAGAUGGUGAUGCUCAAGGGUCUUUCAGCUUCCAUGAACACAAAAAUCUCCGGUACCGGAGAUGAAAUCAUAGUUCUAGCACAUGGUUUUGGUGCAGAUCAAUCCCUUUGGGAAAACAUUGUUGCACCAUUAGAAGAAAAGCACCAAGUUCUAGUGUUUGAUUGGAGUUUCUCUGGUGCUUUUAAUGAUGAAGUUCAAAGUAACCAUAGUUUUGAUGCCUUAAAGUAUGAUUCUCUUCAUGCCUUUUCUGAUGAUUUGUUGAGUUUGAUUGAUGAAAUGAACAUAAAAUCAUGUGUUUUUGUUGGUCAUUCUAUGUCUGCUAUGAUUGGUUGCAUUGCUUCUAUUAAGAGACCUCACCUCUUUAAGAAGCUUGUUCUUAUUGGAGCAUCUCCCAAGUACAUAAAUACAGAAGAGUAUGAAGGAGGAUUUGAUGCAACUCAAAUCGAGCAACUCAUAGAAACCAUAGAAACAAAUUUCCUUAUUUGGGCAACAGCCUUUGCUCCAAUAGCAGUAGGAGGAAAAGACCCUCUUAUAAUUGAGAAAUUUGAGACAAGCUUAAAGAGGAUGAGACCAGAAAUUGGUCUUGCUGUUGCUAAGAUCAUCUUUUAUGGAGAUUAUCGCGACAUUCUGGAAAAGGUUGAAACAAAAUGCACCAUCAUCAACACAACCAAUGACCCUAUAGUUCCCUCAUCUGUGCCUUACUUCAUGCAGAAGAAGAUGAUAAAUGCUAAGUCUAGAGUUGAACUUAUCAAUGUAGAUGGCCAUUUCCCUCAUUUGACUGCUCAUCAUGAACUUCUUAAUGUGCUUAGUAGGGUGUUGGAUUCUUGAACAUGGAGGAAUACCCUCUAUAUAUGUGUUUGUGUAUGGUACUUUGAUCUAUCGUAUGAGCAAUUUCUACUUACAUUAGUGGGAAACUUAAUUGGGUUUGUAAUAUAAGAGCAUCUAAGUUUGUUGGGAAUGUGAAAAUUUUUUCUGUUGGAAUA